GUAUGUCGUUCAGCGCCUGCGCGUAGAGUGCGCGCAGCUCAGAGGACUGAAGCGGCAGGGAACCUGCGGCUGAGGGCAGCUGGCGGGGGGAGUGGCCCGGAGAGGAGCUGCCGGGAGUCCGUACCCUGCAGGUCAUGACACUAGUGGCACAACACGGCCAUGGGAUCUCAGUAUUCCACCUUUGCUCACUCCUCCUCUUGCAAGCGAAAGAAAGAAGAUGACAGGGAAGAUUGGCUGGCUGAACGAGAGCAGGAAGAAGCCAUUGCUGAGUUCCCAUAUGUGGAGUUCACCGGCAGAGAUAGCAUCACCUGUCUCACGUGCCAGGGAACAGGCUACAUUCCAACAGAGCAAGUAAAUGAAUUAGUGGCUUUGAUCCCACACAGUGAUCAGAGAUUACGCCCUCAGAGAACUAAGCAGUAUGUCCUCUUGUCCAUCCUGCUCUGUCUCCUGGCAUCUGGUUUGGUGGUUUUCUUCCUGUUUCCACACUCAGUCCUUGUGGAUGAUGACGGCAUCAAAGUUGUGAAAGUCACAUUUAAUAAACAGGACUCCCUUGUAAUCCUUGCCAUCAUGGCCACUCUGAAAAUCAGGAACUCCAACUUCUACCCUGUGGCAGUGAUGAACCUGUCCAGUCAGAUUCAGUAUAUGAACACGGUGGUUGGCACAUAUGCAACUACUAAUGUCUCCCUCAUUCCACCUUGGAGUGAGCAACUGGUGAAUUUUACUGGGAAGGCUGAAAUGGGAGGACCAUCUUCCUAUGUGUACUUCUUCUGCACAUUACCGGAUAUCCUGGUGCACAACAUAGUGAUCUUCAUGCGAACUUCAAUGAAGAUUUCAUACAUUGGCCACGUGACCCAGAGGUCCUUGGAGACACAUCAUUAUGUGGAUUGUGGAGCAAAUUCCACAGCUGUUUAGCAACUGCUCUUGGUUUUUCUUUAGCAGCACCUGUAGAAGAGAGCAUAGCACCUGUUUCCAAGGCCUGAGUUCCGUACCUAUGACAGGUGGUAUAGCAGAGGAGGAAUUGAUUCUCUUAACUUCCAGCAAACAUCCUCCUGCCACUUAGAAGGAGUCUCCUCACUAUAGUACCAGCUGUUGUCUCACAGUCAGCAGAAUCACUGCCCAGUGCCUAGCCUGUGCCCAGCAAAUAGUAGGCACUCAAUAAAGGUUUGCAGAA